AUGACAUCAUCAUCAGAUGUGAAUCUUAUUGAGUCAUUAAAUAACAUCUCAGUACAACUCGAUCGAUAUUUAGCACUUAUUAUUUUUAUCGUCGGUGCAGUGGGAAAUAUUCUAAAUUGUUUAGUAUUAUCACAACGAACACUUCGAUCAAAUACGUGUGCAUUACUUUUUCUUGUUUCAGCAUUUAUUGAUCUUAUUUCCAUUUUAAUUGGUGUACCUACUCGAAUAUUGGCUGGUUGGCACCAGGAUCCAACUACUACAAUCAGUUGGAUUUGUAAAUCUCGUGCUUUUAUUGUAUUUAGUACAAGAACAAUGGCAACAUGGUUGAUUACAUUAGCUACCAUUGAUCGAUGGUUAAUAUCAUCCGUUAAUAUUCAUCGUCGACAAAUGAGUAAUUUGAAAAAUGUUAAACGAGAAAUAUUAAUCAUUGUGAUUCUAUCGAUUCUUACUUAUACUAAUAUGUUGUAUUGUUAUGAAGCUAAUAUUACUGAUGCACCAUUGAAAUGCUAUGGAAAAAGCAAAGCAUGUCGUGUAACUAAUGAUUUAACAUAUUCAUGUAUCACUAUAGUAACUCCAUUGAUCUUAAUGAUUAUAUUUGGUCUGUUAACUAUUUCAAAUGUCCAUCAUGCUCAUUGUCGCAUACAAAAUAAGCCUUCUAAAUCAGCAAACACACAUCGAACAAUAAGAGAAUUACACUUUAGAAAAGUUGAUCGUCAUUUACUUCGCAUGCUUAUCAUCCAAAUACUUCUUUUAACUAUAUUAUAUAUUCCACAAGCAGUUGAAAAAUUUCACAUUACAUUCAAACCGUUUGAUAGUGAUUCUGAAUUAGCAGAUGCUAUUAAAGUAUUUCUAUAUAAUAUUGAAAUACUUCUUGCUUUUAUUGCAAGUAGUAUACCCUUUUACGUUUAUACAUUAGCUGGGGGAAGUAUUUUUCGAAAUGCAUUUAUGGGUUUAAUUCGAGCAGUCAAACAAAAUAUUACACGCCGAUUUCAGUAA